UUUGCAGGGUGCAUUAGGAUAGAGGUUGGGGAAAGAUAACCACAUUCCUACACUAAAACCUAACCAUAAUUUUAAGGAUACUUUUACUUUUUUGCCCAAAGUUUCUGGUAACCUAGAACGUUUGUAACAAAUACAGAGCCAGGAGAACAAUUGUUACAAAGUUGGUCUUGGAAUUUGACAGUUAGAUAGAGAUGGAGUUGUCGGAUAUUUCGUUCCCUGUCACCUCCGCUGAUGACUUUUAUGACGACCCGUGCUUCAACACCAGCGACAUGCAUUUCUUCGAAGACAUGGACCCCCGGUUAGUUCAUGUUGGUCUCCUCAAGCCAGACGACCAUCAUCAUAACGAAGACGAGCACAUCAGGGCCCCAAGCGGGCACCACCAAGCCGGUAGGUGCCUCCUCUGGGCAUGCAAAGCCUGCAAGAGGAAAACCACCAACACCGACCGGAGGAAGGCUGCUACCAUGCGGGAGAGGAGGAGACUGGGCAAGGUCAACGACGCCUUCGAGAACCUCAAGAGAUGUACGUCGAACAACCCCAAUCAGAGGCUUCCAAAGGUGGAGAUCCUGAGAAAUGCCAUCAGCUACAUCGAGUCUCUGCAGUCUCUGCUCAGGGGCCAGGACGGCGAAAACUACUACCCUUCGCUGGAGCACUACAACGGGGACUCUGACGCAUCCAGCCCACGGUCCAACUGCUCUGAUGGAAUGAUGGACUAUAAUGGCCCGGCGUGCACGUCCGCAAGACGAAGCAGCUAUGAAAGCUCUUAUUUCGCGGAGACUCCAAAUGCUGAUGCCAGAAGCAAAAAGAACGCAGUCAUCUCCAGCUUGGAUUGUCUAUCCAGCAUCGUGGAGAGAAUCUCAACAGACACGUCCGCGUGCACUAUGUUAUCAGUUCAGGAGGGUAGCCCCUGCUCUCCCCAAGAGGGAUCUAUCCUGAGCGAGACAGGGGCAACCGUGCCGUCACCGACCAAGUGCCCACAGCCCUCCCAUGACCCCAUCUACCAAGURCUAUGAAAAGACAGUGAUAGUAUAUGGCUACAUUCAUGAAAAUGAAUCGAUUCAUGUAAAAUGAAGAAAACAACGAACGAACAGGGUUGCAGAAUGUUGCUGUACUAUAAGAAUAGGAUGGCAAAGUUGCCUUUCCUUCCUUUAAUAGAACGUUUUAAAUUCUUUGAAAUUCAAUCAUUGGCAUCCCAUGGGUCACGUUUUAUAAGAUAUAAUUUACCGAUUUAUUUAUGUAAAUGUAAUCGUAUUUGAAAUAUUUGACCACUUUCUUUCCCUUGCCAUUUUAAUUGUUGAUGACAAUAGAGGACCAUUUUUGUAUAGGUCUAUGUGUAAAUAAGAGGUGAAACGAAAAAAGCUUUUUAAUGUAUUUAAUGUUGCCUGUUUAUAUUCAGGGGCGCGUGGUUUGUUUGUUGUGAGAAAUGUUUAACUUUAUAUUUAUACAUCUUAAAAUUUGUGAAAGUCGUUCGAUGUUAUUAUAAAUAAAUGACUAUGACUAUUUAUACAAAA